UGCUAAGAGAGAGGCGGGCGGGGCAGAACGAGCCUCGUGGCUGCCGCCUGAUUGGCUGAAGAGCCCGGCCCCAGGUUAUAAGAGCCGCCGGCCGCGGGCGCCGGGCGCUGCCUAGCCUGGGAGCCUGCCCGCGCUGCCCGGAGAUUGCCGAAGCGCCAUGCGGCGCGCCAGCCGAGACUACACCAAGUACCAGCGCGGCUCCGAGGAGCUGGGCGGCAGCGCCCCCCAAGAGGGCUCGCAGCAGCAGCCGCAGUCGGUGCCGCCGCCUCAUCCGCACCCGCCGCCGCCUCUAGCCUCCGCCAGGGCCCUGCUGGUCCCGCUGGUGCUGCUCGGGCUGGGGCAGGUGGUCUGCAGCGUCGCGUUGUUCUUCUGCUUCAGAGCCCAGAUGGACCCUAACAGAAUUACAAAAGAAGACACUCGCUGUUUCACAGCACUUUUAAGACUUCAAGAAAGCACAGAUUUGCAAGAGACAACACUGGAAAAUCAGGAAGCAAAAUUAAUCUCCGAAUCAUGCUGGAGAAUAAAACAGGCUUUGCAAGGAGUUAUGCAGACGGAGAUACAGCGCAUCAUUGCUGGAAGAGAGCCACCAAGAUCAGGAAAAGCUAUAAUGGAAGCACCAUGGUUUGAUCUGUCCAAGAGAAACAAACCUGAGAAGCAGCCCUUUGCACAUCUCAUUAUUGAUGAUAAAAAUAUUCCAGCUGGCACACGCAAAGUGAACCUUACAUCCUGGCAUCAUGACAAAGGGCAGGCAAACUUAUCGAAUAUGACCUUUCGUGAUGGAAAACUAAUAGUCAAUCAAGAUGGGUUUUACUACUUGUAUGCCAACAUUUGUUUUAGACACCAUGAAACUUCAGGAGACCUAACUAGAAGAGGGCUUCAGCUGAUGGUGUACAUGAGUAAAACAAACCUUAAAAUAAGACGCUCUGAUGUCCUAAUGAAGGGAGGAAGCACCAAAUAUUGGUCAGGAAAUUCAGAAUUUCAUUUUUAUUCUGUAAACAUAGGAGGAUUUUUUAAACUAAAGUCUGGAGAAGUAAUAAGUAUCCAGGUAUCAAACCCAUCAUUACUGGAUUCAUCUCAAGAAGCAACUUAUUUUGGGGCAUUUAAAGUAAGGGAUCUAGACUGAGUCUUGAUAUUGCUUGUAAAUUAAUAUGUAUUUUUUAGGACUUUUUUUAAGUUUGAUGGUUAUAUAGCUGGGCCAGAGACUACUGGGAGACAUGAUUGAAAAAAAUCUUUAGGGCCCAGUUGCAGUAACUGUAGGCAGAAUAUAACUCUUCAGGUUGAAUUUUGCCCUAGGAUUGCUUCAGAGGGAUCCCCAGAAAAACAUAUUAGGGUAAAAUUACACAAUGGGCCUGAUUCUGAUCUUACACCAGUUUCAUACCUGUGUAACUCUACUGGCUCCACUGAUUUUACACUGAUGUAACUGAAAUCCAAAUCUGGCCUGAUGUUCUUGCGUCUUUGAACUGCUAGUUCUAAAUUCCACCCUGACUGACAUGUUGUUACCCUAUUGACUUCAGUGUAAAUAUGGGAUGGAGCAGAAUGUGGCCAUAGAAUUCAUUAAGGGCUCAGUCUUACAAGGUGCUGAGUGCUCUGUCCCUGAUCUAGCAAAAUAAUUGAGUUUGUUGUAAACUUAAGUAUGUAACUAGUCCCAUUUAAGCGAGUGGGGCUAUGCAGAUACUUAAAGUGAAGCAUGUGCUUGCUUGCUUUUUGUUGAAUUGGGGCUAGAGUGGUCAAUCCUUACAGGAAUGACCCCUAUUCACACCAUAUGUGUUGUAGCUAAUCAGGUACUACAUUUGGAUUAUUUAGAAAGGGCUCUUUUAGGGGAUCUGACUUUACAGUUUACUUGCAGUUAUAGAUGACUAAUUGCAAGUCUGAUUAACUAUCAUUGCACAUCCAAUUACAUAUGAAGAAAUCUGAAGUGUUAAAUUCCUUUGAACUGUUACAUUGUGCCAGAACCUGCAAAUACUUUUUUAAGAGGCAAAAUAUGUAUUUUUAUAGUCUGUAAUAUCUAAAGUUAUAUUUCAGAUGUAAUGUUUUGUGCAAAAAAAUUGUAAAUUAUAUUUGUCCUAUAGUGUUUGAUACAAAAUAUUUAAAAUCUCUUGCUGUUGUAUAUUUAAUGUUUUUAAACUGUUUUUAAUGUAUGUUUAACUGGUGCACUUUGUUAAUCCCAAUGGGAAAAUUGCAGCUAAAAGAUUGUUUGCAAUUAGCAAAUGUAAUAUAUUCUUUCUUUUUAACUUAAUAGAUUUCUGUUAAACUUUUCAGUAUUAUAGAAAAUCAAACUGUCAUGAAUAAUUAGACCAGAAGGUUGGUCACCAGAUCUCUUCCAAACCGGGAAGGUAAAAAGAGUACAUAAUGGGACAUAGAAAUCUGUCAAGAGUAUUUAUGUAAUUAUUGAACAUGCAUUUUUUCCUACAGCAAAUUGUAAAUCCUGUAGUAGAAUUUUUGUAUAAUACCAAACAUGUUUUUACACCUCCUCAGAGGUUUAUUUACUGAAGCAACCAAGCUGAAUUCAGUAGCAAUUAUUUUAUAUUG